AUGACGCGCAUCCCAGCUGAGCCUUCUCAUGACAACACAAGUUCUCAGCCUGAUGCCGAGUUUCUCUCACCCAACGCCGGCGUUGAAGCAGGAGGACACAUCAGUCCUCAGGACCAGGCUAGUACAGCAAGCCAAGACAAUCGUCACGACCAUGGCGGAUACUCGACUCAGCCCGUAGACAGCUGCAAACCUCAUCACCGGUAUGCGACCCAGUCUACUGUGCCUUUCAACAUAACCAGCCCUGUUCUGGGGACCACGUCAAGCCAGACGGAGUGUCCCCUGGUCUAUGAACUCGGCACAUCUACCAGCGACUCUGACGAGUCUAUGGUCGACCCAGCGUCACCCGCUCGUCAGGUCGAAGCAGCACCGUCGGUUCAGAACAGCGAAAGACAGCCCACCCCCAAAUACCCGUCUGAUUUGGGCAGCGGCUUCGUCGGUCCCAGGACUACGCUUCACUCAACGGAGAUGUCCCUUCAUCGAGAACUCGAUGUCAUAGAGGUCUAUCGGGAAGCCAUGACGCUCCGGGAGCGGGACAACGAAGCUCUGCAGAAGGCCGUCGAGAUUGAGAAGUCGAAGGCCGACAAGCUGAAGACGGAGCUCGAGCAAAGCCAAAAGCGACAGGCGCAGGACCUGGAGAAGUCGACAAAGGAGCAGCAGGACUUGAAGCGCGCGGGCGAAUCAGCAGUCCAGAGGGCCCAAGGACUCCAGGACCAGCUAAGCAAGGCCAUGACGGAUCUGUAUUUGAUGCCGAUUUACCAACAUCAAAACGAAGAGCUCUCCCGAAAAAUGCAGGAAGUCUGGGACGAGCUGACACAGGCGCGUCUAUCAUUCAAGAAGUCCGCGAAGCUCUUCACAGAACUGGAGACCAACAUGGAGCGAUACUCAGACAGCGCACAACAAGUGGAGGCACGCCAACACAUUGCAGACACCGACUUCGCACAAGUCAAGGCGCUGCGCCGGGCUGUCCAGCGCGACAUGCUCCGUCUCAAAUUGGAGCUAACAAAAGCUCGUGAGGAAAAGCCUCGAGUAGAGGCAGAGGCUACGUCUGCCGAAGAGGGGCCUUCUGUUCGGCGGUCGAACUCGGCCAAGUCCCAGCAGCUCCUCGAUGAUCAGCAGGAUCGAACGUGUAGCAUGGAGGGGGUUGAGUCCGUGGGCAAACGCCGCAUCGCCGACCUCUCCGAGGGGGAGAGUACAACCGACGGUCUUCGGGAACGGGACGGCGCCCGGGUUGACCUCACGGCAGAAGUAGAAGCGAGAGAGGACCAGCUUGUAGAUCAGCUGAAGAAGGAGGAGGCUGCCCGCUCGGCCACGCUUAACGAGCUCGCAACAGUACAGGGCGCCAUACAAGAGCUACAGGCACAGCUGGACAAGCUUCACUCUCGGUCUCGCCAAGGUCCUCUCCAGAGCUCAGCUCAAAUUCACGCGACGAACCACCAGCACAAGCGAAAAUCUCAGUCAUCCGUUCUCGAUCAUCCGGCGGACGCUCGGCAGUUAGCUCUGAGACCUCGAUUUGGAUUCGAUAUCGUGGGUGCCGUGAGAGGAUCCGAUAUCGCGAGAGCAAUCGAGGCCGAGAACUACAUCGCCAAGCUCGAGGAGAAGGUCGAGGAGGCGAAGGCCAACGAGAAAGCAUGGGGCAAUGUUUUCAAGUCGAUGCAUGAGGAAGAGCAGUCUGAGAAGUUGCGGAGAGAGUCUCUACAAGCGCAGCUCGAGGAGAUGACAAACUACCUCGAGCCUUUCCGGGUAGAACUUGACGACUGGAAGGAGCGUCUCCGCCGUGAUGUAUCUGACGUCUACGAUGCCAAAGAUGUCUGGGAGAGAGCCAACGAGGGGUUGGAGAAUGCCUUGUCAAAGCUGUCUAGCUCUGCACAGCGAGGACGCGUUUGGCGACCUUCUGCCCGAGCGACGAUGAAGGAGAGAUUUGACGGCCAGGGCCAAACUCCUGACCCUCCAAGAGCCACCUGA